UUUUUAAAUAAACCGGAAAAUGAAGAAAUUACUCUGAAAGGCCCGGCUAAAAUGGCGGCGGAACGUCGGCUGCUAAAGCAACAGUUAUAGUUUGAAGAGGGUUCAAUCAUUUUCACUAUGAACAGUACCAAAGAAAGGGUCAAGUUGCCACAGUAUGGAGGAUGAUUAGCACAUACUUAGUGAUGGAACCAAGAUUUAAGGCAUGAUAGUAACAUUUUGGCUGACCCAUCACAUAUUUUCCUCGCCACUGCACAUAUGCCGCAUCAUCUGUGCUCAGUUUAUUCGAGCUUACAUAAUGGGUUCAUGUGUUUGUAAAGACAAGUCCACGGAUAACACAGAUUCUCGCAAUAGAGAUUCACGGAACCGAUCACGUGGUUCACGCGGCACCGGUCACUCUAACCCUCAGCGGACAGCCAAUGGUGUAUCUGGUAGCAGCCACCACCGGAGAAGCGGGGGAGCCGGGAGAGGUGCGGAGCUGGCCACGAAGAGUAUUGAUUCUCUAGUGUUAGAAACACUGGCACUCAUUCGGACCUUGGUAGACAAUGACCAGGAGCCUCCAGCGGCCAUGCUGACCCUACACAAGACUGCAGAGAGAGAUCAGGGCUGGCUGGACGUCGUCAAAUCUCUCAUCCGAGUCAUUCCAAUGGACGACCCUGUCGGCCCUGCCGUCAUCACGCUGCUACUGGACGAAUGUCCUCUGCCCACAAAAGAGGCCCUGCUGGAGCUGCAGCGACACCUGAACCUGGGACAGGAGGGGCCGGCCACCAUGUACAAGGAUCCCUCACAUCAGCGCAAUAUCUGUGUUAUACUUGGUUGUCUAGCAGAAAAACUGGCAGGUCCCAGUAGUAUAACCUUGUUAUCAGCUGAUGUUCUCCAGUAUCUCAUCUGUCAUUUGAAUCCCUGCAACCCUCCAGUGGUGGUACUGCAUUCCAUGGUAGCUCUUGAGAAGUUUGCACAAACAAGUGAGAACAAGGUAACAAUUAACCAGUCAAUGAAAGAGUUGUCUCCCCAUCCCCUGCUGGUUUUGGAGGAAUGGUGGCACGACUCCGACUAUGUCAAGAGGGAAGUUGGCUUCUGUGCGGCCUGGUGCCUCGAUAACCUAUUUCUUAUAGAGGGCAGGCAGUUUACUUACGAACGCAUCGACCUGAAUGGUAUUAAUGUUAUGCUCAACAACAAUGAUGUCAGUGAAUACCUCAAGAUCUCAGCUAGUGGUGUGGAGGCCCGAUGUGAUGCCUCGUCCUUUGAGAGCGUAAGAUGUACCUUCCAAGUGGAUGCAGGAGUGUGGUACUAUGAGGUUACCAUAGUAACGGCAGGCGUGAUGCAGAUUGGAUGGGCCACAAAAGACAGUAAAUUCCUCAAUCACGAAGGGUACGGUAUCGGUGAUGACGAGUUCUCCAUGGCGUAUGAUGGAUGUCGACAGCUGAUCUGGUACAAUGCUGACAGUGAACCUCACUUACAGGAGUGCUGGGCCCCAGGUGACGUGCUGGGUCUGCUCCUGGACGUGGACAGUCAGAAACUGAUCUUCUAUCUGAAUGGAGAUCCCCUGCCUCCUUUCACUCAACUCUUCACCUAUGCACGGAGUGGUUUUUUUGCUGCUGCCAGUUUUAUGUCAUUUCAACAGUGUGAGUUCAACUUCGGUGCCAAGCCAUUCAGUUUCCCCCCAAAUGUACCAUUCAAGAGUUUCAAUGACUUUGGGGAGCUGACCAGUGAAGAGAGGAUUAUCUUACCCAGGCACAAAAAGUUGGAUUUGUUGAAGCAGGUGACUGUGAAGGAAGAUUCUUGUACACUCUGUUUUGAUCGCCAGGCCAACAUCAUGCUAAGGCCAUGUAAACAUAGAGGCUUCUGUGAUGUCUGUGCCUUGCUACUAGAGAUCUGCCCAAUAUGUCGCAUGAGCAUAGUGGAACGACAAGAGGUUGCCACGGAAACCGAGGUCCCUGUACCCAAUGAGAACACAGACGAACCACUGACAUCAUAACAUCUACAAUGUACUGCUCCCCAUCUAACCCCAUCUACACCCCGUCAAGAGUAUGCCGAUGGGUACAGUCAAUUGAAGCAUCUAGGCUCCAGGUCCUGUGUUAUAUAUAUUAUCAUUCUUACUGUACAGAAAUGUGAUGUUAUUCUAAUUUAUAUUCAUAAAUUCUGUAAAUGUUUGUAUUAUUUGCAAUCAUGCCAGAAGUUGUGAAUACUGUGCAAGUCUCACCUCACAGAGUUGUUGACUCUUCGACAUAUUAUGUUGUUGUAUAGCCAGAGGAAUAUGGCAGUGAGACAGUGUCAACAACAUUUUGUAUAGCGCUUAUAUUGUAAAGAGAGUUCUCUAUAAAUACUUUGGUAAACAUUUAUCCAAGUCAGUUGAUGUUAAUUUUAGCAAAGAUAAGCCCUGUUGAAAAUAUUCAUAUGCUAUUUUAUAGUGGUGGGACGGUACACCGAUUCAUCGGUGGGUCGCUAUAUUUUAAUUCCCGAUACAAAUAUCGAUCACAGUCACACUAAAUCAAAAAUAUCGAUUCAUACCUUAAAUGUUUACUGAAAUGGAUGUUACACCAAACACUAAUUAGUAAUGAAAUUUAGUAGUGAAAAAUUAAAUAUUUUAAUACAUUGCGCCAUACUUGACACUGCCAACUGUAAAUCGUCAGCGUGCCAGGUGUUUGACUAUCCUGCCUAUGAAAGAUAUUGCUUAGUGACCACAGAUAAGAGCACAUACAUGUAUCGUGAUACGUAUCGAAUCGUGAACAAGGUAUCGUUAUACGUAUCGGAUCGCUCAGUUGGUGUAUCGUCCCAGCCUUACUAUUUUAUCCAUUUUGUUGCAAUUUCAGACGACUGUUGUAACACUAUGUAUAGAUUCUCAUUGCCUUGUUGAAUUCAUGAUUAUGCCCUCAAGACAGGGGUACAAUUUUACACCAUUGACAUGCAUUUGGGCUAAGAAUACAAUUGAGGCUCAAGUUUAUGGCUUCUUAAUAAUUGGUGCAGGUAGGUGGCCAAUUUUUAGCUGACGUUGACAUCAUCAAUAUGAGGUUAUGUCAUUGGAUAUGUCCAUUCCUUCAUCUUGCUGUUCAUCUGUUGACAUCGAGGAUGUCAGCAGGUGUAUAUUCAGAGUACUUAAAAACAUUUUUGAAGAUAGAUAUUUUAUUAUGAUCUUGAUUUAAUCUAACUUUCCAAUUGAAAAAAGAAGGAGGUUAGUGUGUGAUUAUUUACGCUAGACUCACUUGUAAACUUUUGUGCCAAGUUCACACUUUACUAUAGAGACCUAUAGGGAAGUCACUCACGGUGUUAACAGUUUCAUCGCGAUAGAUAAGAUGUUGAUCUGAAGCAAAACAUUGUGAUUUUUAUUAAUGGACAUUGGUAACGUGCUACUUUUUUAUCAAAUAGGUAAAACAUUUGCAUUUACAUAUUUUCAUCAGUUUUUAACUCGCAGCUACAUUCUCCUGAUAACUUCAUACAGUGCCAUGAUGUCCUGAAACAAUGUUACAAUGAGGUGACUUGAUAGUUUAAAGAACAUUGAGGCGCUUCUCCCAUGUAUUUUUGACAUGUCAUAAAAUUGAAUUUAAUUCAUGUUAUGUUGAUGUAUUAGGCUAAUAAAAUAAUAGUCUUGGUUUUCAGGCACUGCGGCAUCAACAUAAAGUUUGCCACACGUUUUGUUUUCAUUUCCAUUUUUUUUUAAAGUCCAAGGGUAGUCAAAUACAGUAUUCCAGUAUUUUACUCAUCAAGGAAUACUUUUACGUAGGCCUUUCCCAGGUUGACUGUACACAACUGUAUAUUUGGUUGCACAACUCUUUAUUUGGUUACAUACAAGUUUGAACAGCUAGAAAACUAUAUUUUCAAAAUUUAUUGCCUGAGAACCAAUUCUUUUAUUUUUUAAAGCCUUUUACUGUAUCAUUGACAAUUUGACCUUAACUCUAUCAUUCUAGACUGCAUUGCUUAAUACUGAAGAUAGAUUACCGUAUUCGACGUAAUAAGUGCCCCACUCUAAUAAGCGCCCACAACAUUUGCUAAUAUAUUGGCUAGUGAACAAUCCCAAUUAGUCACCCCUUCCAAUUGAUCAAUGUA